ACAUUAAAAAAUGGUUCUCAAUUUACAUUAUAUUAUAUUAUUUUUCCAACUUACUUUAUUAACUUGUAUUGCAAGUAAUUAACAAAGCCUAAUUUCGUUACUAAACCAUAGAGCAUUGAAGUUCAUGCCGUGCAGGUCAAAUUAGACCACAUUUUUAUCUGAACUUCUCCCUAUAAAUUGUGGUUGAUUUUUCCCUCUUACAUCAGUUAACUAAGAAUUGAAUUGAACAUCAAUUAUUUCACAUAUACAAUACGUUAUUAUGAAGGGCAUUCAGAUGGUACUCUUCUUGUUAUUCAUUUUGGCCAUGCUAACGGCUUUGGUCAUGGCUGAAUCAGAACCACAAUUUGAAUUAGCCUCGUCACUUCGCAGCACCAAAGGGUUCCAUCACGGGCGCCACGGUGUUGGUGGGGCGAUGACUUGCGAUAAGUACCCGCGAGUUUGUCGUGUGGCCGGGAGCCAAGGGCCGGACUGUUGCCAGAAGAAAUGUGUGAAUGUGUCAACGGACAGAAACAACUGUGGUAGGUGUGGGAAGAAGUGCAAGUACUCUCAGCUUUGUUGCAAGGGAAAGUGUGUGAAUCAUAUGGUGGAUAAACACCACUGUGGAAUCUGCGGUAACAAGUGCAGCAAAGGGGAUUCCUGCAUCUACGGUAUCUGCAGCUAUGCCUGA